UUUUCAGAAAGAAAUGGGUAGUGUGUUUACAUGGAGGAAUGCGCUAAAAUUACCAGCGUUUGCAAGAAGGUCAUUGAACAAGGCAUUUAAUAAACACUUGUUUGCAACAAAUGUAACGAUUUCCCUUACUCUCUCAGGCUUGGGGGAUUUUCUCCAACAACAACAUAAUAUUGUUAUCCAAAAACAAAAGACAUGGGAUGUAGUGCGAACUCGACAACUAACUUGUACUGGAGUUACAGUGGGAGCUUUGUGUCAUCACUGGUACAAUCUAUUGGACAGGAAACUCCCUGGCCGAACACUGAAAGUUGUGAUUAAGAAGCUGCUAGUGGAUCAAUUGAUUUUCUCUCCGGUGUGUAUCACAAUAUUCUUCAUCUCUUUUGGUUUGUUUAAAGGUGGUGAUUGGGAUGAUUUCUUUCGUGAUAUAGAACAUAGAGGAAUUAGGCUAUAUACGGCUGAGUGGUUUGUGUGGCCACCAGCACAACUCGUCAACUUCUACUGGCUGCCAACCAAAUACCGUGUUCUCUACGACAACACGAUAUCUCUAGUAUUUGAUAUAUACACUUCAUAUAUUUGUUAUGAUAUGGAGAUAAAAAAGGAGGAAGAUAAUGAUUAUGUUGAUUCAAAGAUUGAAAGGUAAGUGAAUUAUUUUUAGGAAAUUACGUUGGCAUAGUGAGAUGUAUAAAACUUCCAUAUGUAGAAAUAAUUUGUCAAUUUGAUUUUGGUGCAAUACUGUUAUCUUGUUUGGGAUGUAAAUGUUUGUAAAUAUACAUGUAUAUAUUUAUCUGUAUGUGUAUAUCUUGUUUUAUGAAUAUAUAUGUAUGUAAAGAUA